AUGGGUUCCGGCCCUUCGGACGACGACACAGGCACGCUUCUUAAGAAUAGCUCCCCGAAAAGCCGCUCAUCCUUCCUCGGACCCUUGACCCGGCGGAUGCCCGAUGGCUGGCGUUUUGGAGUGACCGUAGGCGCGGCUUUGUCUCUGUGCACCCUCAUCGCCAAUAUCGUCGUCAUUGCCGUCGCAUCCGCAAUCGCCAGCAAAAAUGGCCAUCAUUCAAACAUUGCGACAAUCCGGACGGGGCCAUGCUCUGACAUCGAUCAUAUCCAGUUUGGAAUCCACCUGGCCAUCAACGCUGUCAGCACGCUCCUUCUCGGUGCCAGCAACUACUGCAUGCAAUGUCUUUCUGCCCCCACACGGGAAGACAUAGACCGAGCCCAUGGCCAAGGCAAGUGGCUCGACAUUGGCGUGCCCAGCAUGAAGAACUUCAGCCAUAUCAAGUCCAUCAAACUUCUAUUUUGGUUCCUUUACAACUCAACCUUUUUUGUCUCCACAGCCAAUAACUCCUACGACGUGUAUUUUGCCACCGAAGACUUCCAAAAGGGGGCCUCAUUUGACAGCAACACGUUCCCGCCUUAUUCGGACUUUACCUACUCGACAAACUUUAUAGUGGGGCUGGAGGACGGCACUACUGAAGUACGUAAUGCGUCGUAUCUGCACAUAGACGAAAGACACGACCCCUAUUCGAUCCAAUCGAAGAUGGAAAACCUUGGAGUAUGGAACAACGGGUCCCUUUUCGAACGUCGGAACAAUUCAGACUGCAUCCAGGACUAUGCAAAGACACCCCUUUCCGACCGACGCAAUGUUAUCCUGGUCACGUCUACUUUGCCUAGCGAUAAUCAGGAAAUGGGCGUGACGGCGGAAAGAGCUGGUAUGGCGAGUAGCUGUGAAAAGAACUCGUCGUCGUUUGCCAUCAUCAGCUCGGGAGACAAUCGCCUCGUCAGUUGCGACGCGAACUCGUCUCUUUUGUCUGUUUACCCGUAUACCAGCAACAUCAUACCGGCAGGAGCCCCUGUUCUUGACAACUGGUACAACUGGAUAUGCUCCCAAAAUGUUGAAUAUGACAACUACGGGUCUGACCGCCCAUCGUCGUUAUGUGGCGACGGCUACUGGCAAGACAUAAGGUCCAGUGCUUCAGACUGGAAAGUUUGGGGAUUCAAGAUCGAGUACUGCCUUAGCGAAAAGAUGGAGAAUGGGUGCAGUCUGAAUGUUGCGAAAAGUCUUAUGGUCGUCGUUAUUCUUGCCAACGCAGUCAAAGUUGUCGUUCUUACCAUCGUCAUUGCAAAGGUCAGGGAUAGCCCAUUGACCACCAUCGGUGAUGCAGCAGCUUCGUUCAUCCGGAAGCGUGAUACGACAACUCGGGGAAUGUGUCUCCUUACACAAAGAGACUUCGCUCACGGUUAUAUAAACGCCGCAAGACUCUCGGGUCAGCCGCCAGCGCCCAAGACAUACAGAACCAGAAAGAACAGAGCCGCCACGGCCACAGGGAAGACUCGUUGGGUCAUCACCGGUUCUCUGGCCGUGCUAUGCAUAGUAAUCAUCCUCAGCCUCCUGGCAUACGCAAUGGCACAGCUUCGAUCCAAAUUCGACCGCGGCGGCAUCUCCUUCAUCAAAGAGCUAGGCCUCGGAAAGACCACGCCAUACAACAUGAUAACGGGCUGGCACAUCCCCUCCUCGGGCGACGCCGCCGUCGUCGCGACCGUCCUCAUCGCCAACCUGCCGCAACUGCUCCUCUCCUUCAUCUACUUCUUCCUCAACGGGCUCAUCACGAAGAUCUCCCUCGCCAAAGAGUGGUCCGCCUACGCGCACCGCCGCGCCGCGCUGCGCGUCUCCCACCCGCGCGGCUCCCAGCGCGGCACGUAUUUCCUGCAGGUGCCCUACCGCGUCGGCGUGCCGCUCAUGGCCUUCUCGGCGCUGCUCCACCUCAUCAUCUCGCAGAGCAUCUUCUUCGUCAAGGUCGACGGCAAGGACGCGCACGGCGCCGACGGCGAGGAUGCCAGCCCCGUCUCGCUGAGCAGCGCGGCGAGCGCGGUGACGUGCGGCUUCUCGCCGCUGGGCAUGAUCCUGACGGUUGUGGCGGCGGCGGUGCUGAGCGUGUUUACGGUGGCGCUGGGGCUGCGCAGGCUGAGGCCGGGGGGCAUGCCGCUUGCGGGUAGUUGUAGCGCGGCGAUUGCGGCGGCGUGUCAUGGGCCCGAGGGCACGGACGAGUGUCGGCCGGUUAUGUGGGGGGUUGUUCCUGGUGAGGAGGAGGAGGAGGAGGAGGAGGAGGAGGAGGCGGAGAUGGAGGAUGGGGAGGUGAUUGGGCAUUGUGCGUUUUCGAACGGCACGGUGGAUGCGCCGGUUGAUGGGCGGAUGUAUGCUUGA